CGUCACGUUGGACUACGGCACCUGCUGCCACUAGUGUGCACGCCUUGAAGUUGAAAUUCAAAUUCAAGUUGAAUGGGUCAACAAAUGCGUGCAAAUGCCAAUGCCGCAACUCUGAGCUGACAUUGAGAGUCGAACAAAAAGGUUGAGGCUUGGGAAAGCCCCAUUCAUAUGCGAGCUCACUUUCAAGUGUCUGCCGAGACCUGGUGGUAAGAUCAGACAGUGCGCUCGCAAACCAAUUGAGGAGCGCAACAUCGGCGCGAAGUCGGUUUGGACUUUUUGUUGGCACCCCAAAGAGAAGCAAAAUGGCAGCUUCUGCUGCUCACCCACACCCGGAGAGUAUACUAGAGUGGGUGACUGGGGAGAUGGAGUAUCGUCCUCCGGAUCGGACCGCCGACGACUUUCCGCUGGAUGCCGAUUCGUUCCGGAAGAUAUGUCGGGGCAACCUGGCUCCCGUGUGGAAGUUUCUUGUAGAACGGGUGCGAUCUGAGAAGACUGUGCGGGACAUUCGGCGAAACCUGAUUGUACAUGGCCAGGGGGACAGGAAAGGGCGGCAUGAAGGCUGGACAGGGGAGACACUGGACGGGCAAUGGACAGACAAACCCGGGGAGACCGGCAGAGAAGAGGCGCUUCUACAAAGGGCCACAGCCCAAGCAGAGGUGGCCCGGUUGCAAGAUCAGGUGGCAGAUUUGGAACGCUCGUUGGAGCAGCAGAUGGAGGACGGCGCAAGAGAGGAGUUGCAGCGUGACAGGGAUGCAAUGGAGCGGAGCGACCAGGAGUUUCGGAUCGUCGCUCUGGAAUCCUACCAGCGCCAGAUGUCGGACGCUGUUGCCCUUUUCCGGACGUGCAAGCAGCGUUUGGACGUCCACAUCGCCCACGCUCGGACCGCCAAACAGAGCGCCGCACAGGCGGCCCCGCAGCAGGUCUUUGAGCGCCAGGUGGCGGUGCGCGAUUCGUUAGCCCUGAGCUCGACGGUGAAACGAGCGGAGGUAUCCGAAACGCCCGGAGAUUAUAAACCGACCCAGUCCUCUUCCAGAUCGAGCUCAACCAGUGUCAGCGCUAGGGUGCCUGAAAAUGCGGGUCAUGCGAGCACGGUUCAAAGUGAUAGCACAGUUUCAGUGUCCGGCAAGCCGAGUUCGGACCCGAACUUGGCGUCCGGAGCCCCGCUUUUGGAAACUGCGACCGAGCGCCAGGUGCGGGAGGCCUGCGAAGCUUUGGCCGGUCUCUUGGAGAAGCGGAUCGCGGAGAGCGUUCCGGAGCUCCGACUUUCGGACGAUGCGGACCUGGAUCCGACCGAUUCGGACGCUCGUACCAACACCUCGGACGCUCAAACGCGCGACACGGACGGUGCUUUCGGGUCCGCUUCGCCGAGGUCACCCGGAUGGCAAGAAGGCCACAGUGAGUUUGACGACACCGGAGGGGGAUCCCCCUGGGGGGCCGACGAGCGGGACGCGCAAGCAACAGGCCGGGAAGAGGUUUCGGAGCGGGCCGUGACGUAUCUUGGCAGUGAGGUCUUUCUGGGAGGCGUCAUACGAGAUGUGCUGGGGGAUUACCCGCCGGGAAUGUUGGAUAAGCUAUCGGAGCUGCUUCGGGCGCCGCAGGAGUUGCUACGGGCGGUUGCGAGUUGUACGAGCGCCGCAGCGGAAGCCCUGAAAGGCGAGACGGAGCGGAUCGACAUUCGGGGGGAUGCGGAAAGAUUAAGGUACAAGUACGAGAACAACAAGAUCGUGGAAGACGCCCACUCCGGCGCCGACUUCGGCGGCGCGCGCACCGCCCUGGCGCUGCUGCGCGAGCGGCAGAAGGCGCACGUCGCACAGUUCAUGCGUACGGAAGAGGCCUACGCGCAGGCAGAUGAUAGUCAACGAGGAACCGAAGAAGCGAUGCGCGCAGUCCUGGAGGCGAGCGCGAAGAGCGGGACGCAGGAAACGAUCUUGGAGCUUCAAGUCUGGGCGCAAGAACGGGAGCUUGCCGGCGCGAGAGCGGCGACGGCCGUUUUGGAAGCGGAGGUUGCGCGGCUGACUGCAGCGAAGGAGGAGCGGAAACGAGCGGAACUCCUGCUCCGGCGGAAGUGGCAGCGGAUCACCGAGUUCGACGCGCGGCGGGCGGCGCUAGAAGCGCUUCACAAUGACCUGUGCAAGGAAAAUGACGAGUUGGCGGCAGCCUGGGGGGCCGUUUCGGACAGGGCACGUGCCCUCUCUUUGCGGACGGUCGCGCCGUUCGGACGGGCGCUCCGGGAGGUCGCUCAGCGCGGCCGGGACAUGGUGGCCCGGGAGAUGGAGGCGUUUGUCGCCGCUCCGCACCGGACGCUUCCGCCCCAGCUGGCGGAGACCGGAACAGAUGCUCACGAGGCUUUGACACGUGGCACCCUGUCGGAAGCCGCGUCCGGCAACUUCGCCGCGCUCUCCGCCCUCCAGCGCGCGCGCACCGCACGGCACCACCAGUCGGCCCUCCAAUCGUCGGCUGCCACGUCAGCAGGGUCGCCCAUGCGGACCCGAGGCCUUGCGGCGGCCGGUGGCCAGUCUGGGCACACUCUGGACAAGGCGCUGCCGCGCGUUUUACAGGGCCUCGCGUUUUGUCACCCGGAGUAUGCGUCGGUGGCGGGGGUGAUCUCGGCGGUCGCGAAGCAGCUUCAGGAAGCAGAAACUUUGAGCGCGCUCGUUUCCGACGGCCGUUUUGCGGUGGACGAAGCGAGCGACGCGCGGCCGGAGCUUCUGAACGCGGUGGAGGACGUGGCAGCAGCAGCCGCGGCGCAAGACGAGGAGAUGACGUCAGAGACGCUGACGCGGAUCCGGGCGGCGGUGGACGAGGCGCGGUUUGCGAUUGAGGACUCGGAAAGGGUGGGGCGGCUCAUUCACGAGUGGUGGGAGCAGCCGGCAUUCGCAGCCGUUCCUUGGGUCGCAGUGGACGGCGAGAACGCUGCCACGUGGCUCUCUCGGGUGCGGCAACUGCAGAGCGCAUUGCGAACAAAAGCCGAAUUGAAUCAACUGGAACGGGCUCUCAGCCUAGAUCAGAAAUGACUGACUGUCCUCCACUUUGAAAAGAGGGCGCUCAAGGGCGAAUCGUUGUUAGACUUCAAUCUUGGUUUCUUGUUUGAGCGCCGUUGGGGUGCGAUAACGAGUUUUCUAAGUUCGAUCCUUAGCCUCUUGUAUCGGUACUGGCCUUUGUCAUACAUUACGGCAAGCGACUCUGUUGGCUGGGAUGCACGAUCAUGCAACAUAGUUGCACGCGAUUUUGGAACGGGAAGACCACUCCGACAAAGUAUCUCUUCUACUGGAUCCG